AUGGCAAAGCCUUUGGGUACCUCAAAUUUCACCCUAGUCCUCAUUAUAUUCUUAUAUCUUAUAACUUAUUGCUUCCAUAUCCAUAUUGUGGAAUGCCAAUGUCAAAAAACAAAAGGAAAGGCAUCUCUCUUCAUCUUUGGUGAUUCUUUUUUUGAUGUGGGCAACAACAAUUACAUCAACACCACCACUCUUGACCAAGCCAACUUCGAGCCUUAUGGAGAAACUUAUUUCAAGUUCCCCACCGGUAGAUUUUCCGAUGGACGUCUGAUUUCCGAUUUCAUCGCUGAAUAUGCAAAACUGCCAUUGCUGCCACCCUUUCUGCAGCCCACUAGUCAACACAGCUAUUAUAAUGGAGCAAAUUUUGCCUCCGCCGGGGCCGGAGCUCUUGUCACUACUUUUCAGGGAUUGGUUAUUGAUAUGGAGACUCAGCUCAAAAACUUCAAAAAGGUGAAGAGUUGGUUGAGAAAUAAAUUGGGCAAAGGGAAAUCACAAAAUAUUUUGUCAAAUGCAGUCUACUUAUUUAGCUUUGGAAGCAAUGACUACUUAAGCCUCUUUGUGACCAAUUCUUCAAUACCAAUCUCUCCUCAAUACCAACAAAUGGUAGUCGGGAACUUGACGACCAUCGUUCAAGAGAUAUACAAAAUUGGAGGCAGGAAAUUUGGGUUCCUUAAUUUAGGAGACUUGGGGUGUCUACCAGGCUUAAGAAUGCUGAAUUCAUCUAACAAAAAUGGGUGUUUGGAGAAAGCUUCAAAUAUGGCCAAAUUACAUAAUGUUGAGUUGUACAAUACCCUCUCGAAAAUGGAGAAACAAUUGAAAGGGUUCAAGUAUUCACUCUAUGACUUCAAUAGUCGUUUGAGAGAAAGGAUUGAUCAUCCCUCCAAAUAUGGUCUCAAGGAAGGAAAAAUAGCAUGUUGUGGAAUAGGACGAUUCAGAGGGAUACAUAGUUGUGGAGGAAAAAGGCCAGUCGGACAUAAAUUUGAGCUUUGUCAAAAUCCAAAUAUGCAUGUAUUUUGGGACUCUUAUCAUCUAACUGAAACUAUUUAUCACCAAAUGGCAGCUGAAAUGUGGAAUGGAUCUUCUACUUUCAAGUCCCUCUUUCAAUGCUUGUAA